GUCGACCUCGUUCAGUCCAUUCACCGUUCCCACCGACCCGCCAUGUACAGCGCUCGAGACAGGGACAGUGCAUCUACCACGAAGCACAGGGAUGUUCAUGUAGAGCGCCGGCCAACACUCAAAUAUUCCCACAGGCUGAACUUUUAUGACAAACCGCCUCUCGGGGAUAUUACUAUAGAAGAGUUUGAGACUUGCGCGCUGGAUCGCCUGCGCAUACUGGCUGAGAUAGAAUCGUCCUUCGUGCGGAAUAGGCCCUAUGAGGAGCUCAAGGAGGUCACUCUCGCGCAGUGCAAGAAGUACCUUCCGCUGAACAGCACAUCCGCAAAGACCAUAGACAGAGAUGCAGAGCGGAGAAAGGACCAUGUGGGGCAUUUCGUCUUGAGACUGGCGUUCUGUCGCUCAGAGGAGUUACGAAGGCGGUUUGUGAAAGCUGAAACUGCUCUUUUCCGGAUGAGGUACGACAGCGAUGAUAACGAGGAGCGUGAAGAGUUUCUAAGCUCGAGGGAUUUUGACUGGAUACCAGUUUCGGAUGAAGAAAAGAAGCAGUAUCAACAUGAGCUCGCUGCUGCUUCACCAGCUCUCAAAGACGCAGCAUUGAGUGAGAGAUACUACAAGGUCAAAUGGACGCGUGUACCGGAUCUGGUGGAGAAACGGAGAGUACUCCUCAAAGGGGGGAUGGCAUAUGUUCCGUCCCGGGAACAAUCCAGUAUUGUAUUCCAAGAAUUUCAAACACGUCUCACGAAGGCUCUGGAAAUGACAGCUAAAGCGCUGCCGAGACUGGAUGAGGACACACGUAUCGUGCCCAUCCUGGACAACCUGUCGCAAGGCUUCCUCGCGGGUGUCUCGUCUGAAUGGAGCACGGCGACGUCCUCCAGCGCAGGCGAGAUCACGGCAGACAUGAUCGACGACCUUGCACGCAAGCACUUCCCACUAUGCAUGCGCAACCUUCAUGAGACAUUGCGCAGGGAGCACCAUCUCAAGCAUUUCGGGAGAUUGCAAUAUGGCUUGUUCUUGAAGGUGCUCGGGCUGUCAAUAGACGAAGCUAUCACGUUCUGGCGCAGGUCGUUUAGCAACAUGCAAGAUGACAAGUUCAACAAGGAGUACAGAUACAACAUCCGACACUCUUACGGUCUAGAGGGCAAACGGGCGAACUACCCUGCAAAGAGCUGCCAACAAAUACUCACCGCAGAUCAGCCCGGUGCUGCCGACUCCCAUGGUUGUCCAUACCGCCAUUUCUCGCCGGACAACUUGCAGACUGCGCUGCUGUCCAUGUAUUCAGCACAGGGGCUCACAGCAGCAGACCUGCCGGAGAUCAUGAGCACGGUCAAGGCUGGACAUUAUCAUGUCGCGUGCACGCGAGUAUUCGAGAUCACCCAUGCUAGUGUCGGAGUGAAGAAGGGGGAGGGGAUUGGUGGUGGGGAGAGUGUGACUCAUCCUAAUCAGUAUGCUGCAAAGAGCAGGGAGCUGGAGAAGGAGAAGGCUGGAGUCAAAUUGGAAGACGAUGGAGACGUGCAGAUGACGGACUGAAUUCGCAAACGACCGAGUCCCACCGCACGCCACCUUGCUUUUCGUCUUAUCAUUCAUUGUCUGUUCAUCAUAAGUGUACUGCUAGGAGCGUUUUUAGAGUUUCUGUAGGUUCU